AUACCAAGAAAUUCAUAUCAAAUACCAAAAAGUUUACAUUUUAUACCAAGAAAUUCAUAUCAAAUACCAAGAAGUUUACAUUUUAUACCAAGAAAUUCAUAUCAAUUACCAAGACAUUUACAUUUUAUACCAAGAAAUUCAUAUCAAUUACCAAGACAUUUACAUUUUAUACCAAGAAAUUCAUAUCAAUUACCAAGACAUUUACAUUUUAAACCAAGAAAUUCAUAUCAAAUACCAAGACGUUUACAUUUUAUAUCAAGAAAUUCAUAUCAAAUACCAAAAAGUUUACAUUUUAUACCAAGAAAUUCAUAUCAAAUA